CCUUAUAUUCCUGAAACCCAACCUCGAGAGGCUGGACUUCUUCAACCUGAUGUGGAUUGUGGGGAUCGCAGACUUCAUACUGAAGUACCUCACCAUCGCGUUGAAAUGCCUGAUUGUCGCCCUGCCUAAGAUCAUCCUAGCUGUCAAGUCAAAGGGAAAGUUUUAUCUGAUUAUUGAGGAGCUGAGCCAGCUGUUCCGCUCCCUUGUCCCCAUCCAGCUGUGGUAUAAAUACAUCAUGGGAGAUGAUCCAUCCAGCAGCUACUUCCUAGGUGGGAUCCUGAUCAUCCUGUAUAGCCUCUGCAAGUCUUUUGACAUCUGUGGUCGUGUGGGAAGUGUCCGGAAGGCACUGAAGGUCCUUUGCACCCCACAGACCUACGGAGUUCGUGCUACCAGCCAGCAGUGCAGUGAGGCAGGUGACAUCUGUGCCAUCUGCCAAGCAGAAUUCAGGGAACCUUUGAUCCUUAUGUGCCAACACGUGUUCUGUGAAGAGUGCCUCUGCCUCUGGUUCGACAGGGAGAAGACCUGUCCUCUUUGUCGUUCUGUCACCGUAGAAACCCUGCGCUGCUGGAAGGAUGGCACCACCUCUGCUCAUUUCCAGGUGUAUUAA